GACCAAAGCACCUUUGGGCAAAUGUUUACGGCGCGGAGCCACUCAAUAGGCUUUCUCAUUGAUUUCGAGAAUUAUUACGUCUUUCAGGCGCUGCGAACCCAAAAUGGCUGAGAAAGCUCACGAUAAAGAAGACCCCCAAGCCCCUACUUUUGGAGACCCGGAAGAAGAUGACCUGGACGACCUGGACGAAAUGCUGGAUGAGUUCUCUGCUGCGAAGAUAGAUUCGACUGAGAAGAGUUUGCCUAGUUCAAGUCAAGGGAAACAGCAGGAGGCGCAACCUGCGACUGAAUCGGGUGCUGAUGACGACGAUGAUUUCGCGAACCAACUCCAGGCUGGCAUGGCGGAUUUACUGGAUGGCAUAGAUGACAAUCCCGAGCUACAGAAGCAAUUUGAGGAUUUGAUCAAAGGUUUUGGAAAUGCUGCCAAUUCAAAUCCGCAAUCAGAUCAAGCUCAGUCAUCGAAGAAUGAUAAUAACAACAACAAUCAGAACCCGUCUGCUGAGACCGAAGAAUCGUUCCAAGAGACGAUACGCAAGACCAUGGAGCGCAUGCAGGAUUCAGGUGACAAGGCUAGUGCCGCUGCUGCUUCGGAUAACUCGGACGACAUCCUCGCCCAGAUGCUGAAGGAAAUGCAGAAUGGUGGCAUGGAAGGAGCAGGUGGCGGCGAAGAUGACUUUUCAAAAGUUCUUCUUGGAAUGAUGGAGCAGCUUACCAAUAAGGACAUACUUUACGAACCUAUGAAAGAGCUGCAUGACAAAUUCCCCGCCUGGUUAGAAAAGAACGGGAAAACCGUCUCCCCAUCAGAUUUGGAACGAUAUCAGCGGCAGCAGGGGUUUGUAGCUGAGAUUGUGCAAAAGUUUGAGGAGCCGUCAUAUACGGAUUCAGAUCCGAAAGCAAGAGAGUUUAUUGUGGAAAGGAUGCAUCAGAUGCAAGGGGCUGGAUCUCCGCCUGCAGAUCUGGUCGGCGACAUGAACUCUGCACAAGAAGCAAUCGCUGAUUUCGAUUCCGGAUGUCCGACACAAUAAAUUCCACCAACGCCAUAUCCCGUAAUGAAACCAUACGGAGUUAGAUCGAUCAAUCCUCCAUUAAAAUGCGCCCCCCCCGUUUAUGCUACUCAACUCCAUUGCGCCAUGAUAUUUACCGGUGAUUAACUAAUUGUCCUCCAGACAUGAACGGUUCUGGUCCACGCGAUAUGAUAACAUGUAGAGCGAAAACCAUUCCGUAAGGCUUCCGCUUUUCUGAUUUCGAUUCCGUCAGGCUUUUCUAAAGCCUCGUGGUCAACCGUUUGAUGUAUCCAUUUCCUGGUCCUUUUGUUCUUGAGGCGGUGCAGCUAGGAAUUGUGCUUGCUGCUGGGGUCCAGCUACCUCCAUAAAUAGAGCAUCAUAUUCGUCGUCAUCGCUGCCGAAAGUGGUCCAAGAGUCCUCGUUGUCUCUCGGAUUGGAGACCAUCAUAGGCGGAAGAGCGCUUAUUUGUUCGUCCUCAUAUUGCGAUAUAUCCUCUGCCG